AUAAUAUCGAAAUCAAAUUGACGAAAAGAAAUAAACAAAUUCAAAAGAAAUGGCAAGCAUGGCUCUAACACCUACUCUUUCAAAGCUCCAAAAUGCGAGAGCUAUUAUUGGUCAUACCCCUUUGAGCUCUAGAGUUUUUCUUGGUGCACCAACUAGACCUUUCCAGGUAGGUAAACGCCACCUAGCGAUGGCAAUUAAAGAAGAGGCUCGUAACGCAGCUGGAAAAGGAGCUGAUGCGGCCAAAUGGGCUGGCCAAGAAGCCAAAAACGAGACUGAUAAUGCUGCUGAUGAGGCUAUGCGGAAGUCGAAGGUAAUGGGAGAUAAGGUGGCGGAUGCAGCACAAGACAUGGUUGGAAAAGCAAAAGAAACAGCCCAAGAGGCAUGGGGAUCUGUUAAGGACACCACACAGAAGAUGAAAGAAACAGUGAUUGGCAAGGCCGAAGAAUCCAAAGAGGCUAUCAAAGAUAAUGUCAACCGCAACAUGAACACUAAGAAUUGAAAAUUUUCUAUGCAGAGACAUUAUCUCUUAAAGUUGAAACCGCAGACACGAGUUUGCUGAGUUUUAUAUAUAGUGAAUGUGUAGAUUCAUUAGAAUUUUGCUUCUUUGAUAAUUCAUUCAGGCUUGUGUGCCCUCAUAUGUAGGUCACUAUAUGCCUGUGUGUUCGGACUAUUUUAAUUAGUUAUUAUAUGCAUGAGUUUUGAUACCACCACAUCUCAAAAGGAUGUACAAGAAAGUUAGGAUAUGAAGAUAUAUAUUUUUUAAA